AUGGAGCGCAUUUUGGACGGGACCGACAUCUUUGGACGAGGAGUCGACAAAAUAAAAAAACGUUAUUUCUGGCCGUCAAUGAUCAAAGAUAUCGAAAAUCAUGUGCAAUCCUGUCGUCGUUGCGCUCAAUUUAACCCUCGACGUCGGAAACCACCAGGUUUAUUAAAACCAAUCAAACCACCUGAAGGUGUCUGGCAGUUACUAGCAAUGGACUUUCACGGCCCGAUUACACCAGUAUCAACACAAGGCAUCAAUAGAGCAGUGAGAGACUGCACGAGUCAAACUGCUGUUCGAUUUCUUAAAGAAGAUGUGAUUACGAAAUAUGGCACACCGCGUUGCAUAUUAACAGAUAAUGGAACACAUUUCACGGCUCAAAUGAUGGAUCAAUUGUUUAAAGACAUCGGAGCUACACAUCUCUUCUCAACUCCUUAUCACCCUCAAUGCAUAUGA